GACUUCACAGAGAUGAAGCACAGCAAGAACAGCAGCUCUUCGCCGCUUGUCUGCGACAAGGACAACCGUUCGGCGGCGGCGUUAAGGGAGAUGGCCAGGGAGCAGUCCCUGGUGACGCAGCUGCGGGCCGUCGUGCUACCGGCGCUUCAACUUGCCGGUGGCGAACCAGCUGAGGUCGUCGCCCAGAUGUUCGAUAGCAUACUGGACUGCUCGGCCAAGGCUAUAGCCGAGCUGAAGCUGCUUCGGCUCGAGCAUUCUCGAGCUUACCACCCACCCCCGCCGCCGCAGGCGAUGGUAGAUGAGAAGAGGAGAGUCAAGAAGAUCUUCUCCGGCGACGACGAGAAUGCCAAGGCCAAUCGACAGCAGCGCAAGAGAAGGAGAUCAGCCGAUGACUGUGUAACGCUUGAAACGCCUGUUCCUCACUACGACGGCCACCAGUGGAGGAAGUAUGGGCAGAAGCUCAUCAACAACGCAAAUCACCCGAGGAGUUACUACAAAUGCACCUACAAGCAAGAACAGGACUGCGGAGCAACAAAAACAGUGCAGCAGUACCAAGAUUGUGCCGGCACCGAUGAACCCGCGAUGUACACCGUCGUCUACUUCGGCCAACACACCUGUAAGCCCUCCGGUAACGACGCCGAUGCUGCCGUCGUCAUCAAGACAGAGAGCACAGGCCGUAGCAGUGGCUGCGGCGCCGGCGAGCUCUCACCCAGCGACAGCCAGUGCAGCAACAUUUCGGUGACCUGCACUUCGGUUGUAGUUGACCACCACCAACGGACAGCAUCCAUCGAGAGCAGCUGCAAGCUGCUGGACAUGGCGCCAGACCUGGCAAAUGCAGAAGUCAACACAUAUGAUCAGCUCUAUGACGUGGCUGCAUUUUCACCUUUGGAUUUGGACACGGAUUGGGCAAUCGAUGCACAUGGGCAUGACCUCCUAAAGAAUGGAUAUUGGUAAAAAUAAAACUUGAAGCGUGUGGAACAAAGUUAUGGAAUCAACAUAAAUUGUCUGUGGGCGCAAUGGUGUUGCUUGUGAUAUUUUGGAUGGGAUUUUUUUGUUCGACGGACAUUAUUAUAUGCAAAAAGGUGUUUUCAUUUUUUUGACAAUAAGUAGUUUGCAUUUUUUUGUAUAUUUGGUGCAUAACCAUAUUGAAUUAUGACUUUCAUGCUCCGGGCAACUCACUCAAAAGUCUGAACGAAUGG